AUGAUGGAUGUUACCUGGACAGAAAGUAUCUCUCAAAUCCUGGGCUGGGCCUAUUUCGUCCUGUGGUCGCUGUCCUUCUACCCGCAAGUCCUGCACAACCACCGUCGCCGCUCGACAGAUGGCUUCUCCAUUGACUUUGCUCUGCUCAAUGUGCUUGGGCUGUCAGCAUACACCGCUUUUAACGCCUGCUUCCUCUUUUCACCGGUAGUGCGUGCCCAGUAUGCCCAGCGACAUCCGCAGAGCCCUAACCCGACUGUCCAAUGGAACGAUUUCGUCUACGCCCUGCACGGAGCGCUGAUCUGUUGCUGGAUCUGCAGCCAUUUCCUUUGCAUGCGGUUUUGGAACUUUAAUUCCAAGCAGCAGCGGGCGAGUACUUCGGCUCUCGUCGUCUGCUGUGGUUGCCUGGGCGUGGUCCCGCUGGCUGUUCUAUGGGCUCUGGUGUCGGCGUCCUGGGAAUGGAUUGAUGUGGUCUAUGUGGUCGGCAUGAUAAAGGUGUUCCUGACGGCCGUUAAAUACACACCCCAGGCGGUGAUGAAUUAUCGGCAGCAGUCAACGGCGGGAUUCUCCAUCGGGGCGAUCCUGCUGGACCUGUCCGGUGCGAUACUGUCCCUGAUGCAGCUGGUUAUGGACUCCUCCUCCCAGGGAGAUUGGUCUGGCGCCAUCGGCAACAUGGCCAAACUCCUGCUGGGCAACAUCACCGUUCUAUUUGAUCUCAUCUUUAUCUUCCAGCACUUUGUUCUGUAUCGGGAGCGCUCGGCGGAGGAUAAGCUAGGGUUAUCGGAGAGCGAUCCUCUCCUCAAUAGCAGCAGGGAUGAGACAUAG